ACUCAGACAUUAACAAUAAUAGCUUUGAGGAUGAAGUAGGUUUUAUAGAUCAAAUAGAUUAUACGAAUGAAAUGGAUUAUAAAGAUAUGGUAGAUCUUGAAAAUAAUAAACCAGAACAACAAGAGAUAGAAGAAGAACAAGUUACCAAUACUACACAAGUAAAAAAAGCAACCUCUAAAAAACAAAAGCAUAAUGUAAACAAUUCUCAGUCAGAAACAGAAGCAUCUACAUCUACUCUUACUAAAAAACCAAGUAUUGUACAAAAGAACUUACCCAAGAGAAAAAAAGGUGGAUCGCAAGUUAGAAGCUGGGUUUGGAAGUAUUUUGAUAGACUUAUAUCUCUACCAGAUAAAGCUGUACGUGAAAAAUGUAAAGUAGUAAAAAAUAGAAAAAAAUGUGAACAUAUGAUUGAUACAGAAGAUGAAUGGUUUUUAUUAGCUGAUCUUACUAAAGUCCUUAAACAAUUUUAUGAUGUAACAAAUUUAUUAGGUGGUACAAUUAUGACAAUUAAACAAAGUUUAAGUACAAAUAUUGUUGAAGAUGAAGUAGUAGACUAUAUAUGCUUAUCUGAUGCUUUUGAUUAUGAUCCAGAUUUACAAGAUGAUGAGAAAAAUUAUGACCAGAUUAUAGCAAAAGAGAAAACUAAUAAAAAAAAUUUAAAAAUUAAUAAUCCUCAAGCUUUAUUAGCAACAAUAUUAGACCCAUACAAUAAGAGAAUGGAUAAAGCAACAGCUACUAAUCGGUUUAAAGCUAAAAGUCUUUUAAUUACAGAAUAUGAACUUUUAAAAUCUGAUGAAUUGAAAACUGAUAUUCAAAAUAAUUCAAAAGAAAAUGAGAAAAAUAAAUUACUGCAUGCAAUAUAUAGUUCUAAUCCACAAAGAGUAUAG